GGGGUAAGUGAACUAGAGCGGAUCAAAACUUGUCGUCAACACGCUUAUACCCGCUCGGAGAAGUGGGACAUAUUCUGAUACUCGUGUGUUUUUCUUUCUCUUCCGGAGCCGAUUAUUUUUUUUUACAUCAAAGAUUUGUCCGCGAGAAAGAUAAAGAGAAAGGAAAGAUGCCGCUUCUCCACAAAAAGCCGUUCGUGAGGCAGAAACCGCCCGCUGAUCUCAGACCCGAUGAAGAAGUCUUCCUCUGUAAAGUCACACAUGAAAUCUUCAGGAGCUAUGAUGAAUUCUUUGAGAGGACAAUUCUGUGCAACAGUCUUGUAUGGAGCUGUGCGGUGACUGGGAAGCCCGGCCUGACCUACCAGGAGGCCCUGGAGAGUGAGAGGAAAGCCAGACUUAAUCUUCAGAACUUUCCCAAUGUGCUGCUCGUCCCCCUUCUGCACCUGACAGCACUUACGCACCGCUCACGUCUGCAUGAGAUAUGCGAUGAUGUGUUCGCUUAUGUCAAAGAGCGCUUCUUUCCUGGAGAAAUUGUGGAUGUUGUCACUCGCUCUGGUGCCAGAGAACCCUGCAAAAUAUUGGAUGUUACACCUCCUCAUUCCAAUGGCACAGUCAACGGCCAUGUCAAACACCAUAUAGAGGGCGAUUCGAUCGUUAUCAGUGACAGUGAUGAGGAGCCCACAGUCACUUCCCCCAAAACACCAACUAAUGGCAAGAAGAAGAAAGCCACCAGUCCAUCUUCAUUUAAAUACAGAGUUCAGCCUGUCAGCCCAGAGGGUUGUGAACCUUUAGUUGUAAAAGCUGCUCAGAUUAGUCGGAAGAAGAGCGUUUUUAGUCGAGACAGAUUGAAGCUGCUUCUUAAACAGCACUGUGAACCAAUGAAAGGGACCAUCAGACUCAAGCCAUCAACGGUUCUAAAACAUAAGUUGGCCGACCACAGUUUCUCCCACUUCUUCCCGGACGAGCCCCCAGUGUUUAUCUUCAGUCCACCAGGGAAGGGCAGAGGUUGCCGUCCUAAUGAUGCCUCCCCAACAGAGAUGAAUUAUGUCGAGGAGAAGUUAAAAUUGAUGCAGCAGAAAGAACAGAUGAUGGCCAUGGAAAAAUUCAAGAAAGAAAGAGAAGAUCUAAUUGAGGCCAAAAGGAAAGAAAAAGAGGACAAGGAGAAAAAGAUAGAGGAGAUGAAGAGGAUAGUAGAAGAGGAGAAACAGAGGCGGAAAGAGGAGAAGGAACGAAUGAAGGUUGAGAAAGAGAGGGAACGAGAGAAGCUAAAGGAGGAAAAGAAAAAAUAUGCAGAACGACUGAAGUUAUGGAGCAAACCUCGAGAGGACAUGGAGUGUGAUGACCUAAAGGAGCUGCCAAAGCCUCUUCCAGUGAAAACACGUCUUCCUCCAGAGCUAUUUGGAGAUGCUCUGAUGGUGCUUGAGUUCCUGAAUGCAUUUGGAGAGCUGUUUGAUCUAAAGGAUGAAUUCCCUGAUGGCAUAACACUUGAGUGGCUUUUCUUUUACAAUUUACAGGGAUUGUGAGUCUUCCGGAUUAAUCCGGAAUUCCGUUUUUUUAUUUUUUUAUUUUUCCGGCCUAAAAUCAUGACCCACGUGAAUCAUGCAGAUCAGGAAUGGAAAAAUCAGGGGUGGGGAGGUGUUUAGGGUGAUGCUGGUUACUGCAUGAUGAGUGAAAUCAUGAAAUGGCCUUUAGCAAUUAACUAAAUAAACUGAGAAAAGGUUGUUUUCUAAAUACUUAAUGGACAGAAUGGUGCUGAGAGUGCUGAAUGAGUGUGCAGCGCCAUCUGCAGGACAGUUAAAAGGGUUCAAAUGGUUCAAUGUGCCAAUGAGAGUAGAAUCAGCGCUGAAACUUAUUAUUCGCCCAGUAACUUUUUAUGAAUGAUGGUGAGAAUUUGAGAUUGCUUGGUACUAUCAUAAAAUUCGCAACGGUUGUGAUGUAAUUAUAUAAAUAUAGGCUGAAGUCUGAUGUAGGCUUGCUACGAUAGACGGUGUUUUCCGUUAUACCGGUGUUAAGCUGCAACACCGUAAUCAUUU